AUGAAAUACACCGGCUUCGCCCUUGUGGGCUUGAUGGGCUGCGCCCUCGCCCUGCCUGCUCCCCAGGGCCCUAUUCCUUCUGGCCCAACUCCCUCUGGCCCUGCACCCACCGGAAUCUCCAGUUCUUCUGGUCUACCUCCCUUCCCGACUAGUGGCUUCCCUGCUCCUCCUGGCGGAUUCCCUGUGCCGUCUGGACCCUUCGACAAGCGCCAGUUCCCCGAGUCCUCUAGUGGAUUCUCGAUCUCAUCCAGUCUUCCAACUACAUCUGCAGUCUUCAACAAGCGUCAGGGUCCUAUCCCCCCUUUCUCGGCGUCAUCGGGCGUUCCUCCCUUCCCAUUCCCCAGCGGACCUGCUCCCAGCGGGUUCCCCGAGACCCCUUCUGGACUGCCGACUUCCAACGGCUUUGACAAGCGCCAGUUCCCUGCUCCGACUGGUGGCUUCCCCACCUCUUCGAGCUUCUCUAUCCUGUCCGGUGGUUUUGACAAGCGUCAGCUCUCUACCCCUUCCGGUGCGACCCCUACUGGUCUUCCUCCUUUCUCCAUCCCCAGUGGACCCGCUCCUAGCAGCUUCUCUCUGCCUCCUCGUGUUUAA